CUCCUUUGUCUCCCAUCAUAAUGCCAUAAACUACUAAACUAAACCCACUCUCUCUUCUUCCUUCUAAAUUCUAACAUCUUCAACCUUCUCCAAAACCACUAACUCAAACCUUAUUAUUUCCAAACAAUGAUAACCUUGUUGGACCUCUACCAUGUUCUCACCGCGGUCGUGCCGCUCUACGUCGCCAUGAUACUCGCCUACGGUUCCGUCAAGUGGUGGAAGAUCUUCACCCCGGACCAAUGCUCCGGCAUCAACCGCUUUGUCGCUCUCUUCGCGGUUCCCCUACUCUCCUUCCACUUCAUCUCCACCAACAAUCCCUACGCCAUGAACUACAAGUUCAUAGCUGCGGAUUCUCUCCAGAAAGCCAUAGUCCUUGCCGUCCUCUUCGUCUGGUCUAGAACCAGCUCGAGGGGCUCUCUUGAAUGGUCCAUCACGCUCUUCUCCCUCUCCACGCUCCCUAACACGCUCGUCAUGGGUAUCCCAUUGCUCAAGGGCAUGUACGGGGACGCCUCGGGGACCCUCAUGGUCCAGAUUGUGGUGCUUCAGUGUAUCAUCUGGUACACUCUCAUGCUCUUUUUGUUUGAGUAUAGGGGUGCCAAGCUUCUCAUAGUGGAGCAGUUUCCCGACACUGCCGGGUCCAUUAUCUCGUUCAAGGUUGACUCUGAUAUCUUAUCGUUGGACGGGAAGGAACCGCUUCAGACUGAAGCCGAGGUUGGUGACGAUGGCAAGCUUCAUGUUACUGUCAGGAAGUCUACCAGUUCGCGCUCUGAGAUAUUCUCGCGGCGCUCGCAUGGUCCUAACUCGGUUUCGUUGACUCCGAGGCCUUCCAAUUUAACCAAUGCGGAGAUUUAUUCGCUUCAGUCUUCGAGGAAUCCGACGCCAAGAGGGUCCAGUUUCAACCACACGGAUUUCUACUCGAUGGUGAAUAAUGGGAGGAACGUGAGUCCGAGGCAGAGUAGUUUUGGGGGGGUGCCGUUUGAUGAGGAGAGUGGUGUGAAGGUUAAUGGGGGUGCCGGAGCAUACCCUGCACCUCACAAUGCGGGGAUUUUUUCUCCGGUGGGGAAGAAGAAGGGUGGUGGUGGUGGUGGAGAAGGUGGAGGGAAGGAUCUUCACAUGUUUGUGUGGAGUUCGAGUGCUUCUCCGGUGUCGGAGGGUGGGAUCCAUGUCUUCAGAGGUGGGGAGUAUGGAAAUGACCAACUUCCUGUUGGUGGGGUGGCUCACCAGAAAGAUUAUGAUGAUUUCGGUCACGACGAAUUUAGCUUUGGGAACAGAACCGUCGCUAAUGGAGUGGAAAAGGAAGGGCCAGUACUUUCGAAGCUUGGCUCAAGUUCGACGGCCGAGCUUCAUCCGAAAGCACAGGGUGAAUCCAAAGCUACGUCCAUGCCACCCACAAGUGUUAUGACAAGACUCAUUCUGAUUAUGGUGUGGAGAAAGCUGAUCAGAAACCCCAACACAUAUUCCAGCCUCUUUGGUCUCACUUGGUCUUUGAUCUCAUUCAAGUGGAAUGUUGUUAUGCCCGCUAUCGUUGCUCGAUCCAUAUCAAUUUUAUCUGAUGCUGGCCUUGGGAUGGCAAUGUUUAGUCUUGGGUUAUUCAUGGCAUUGCAACCAAAAAUUAUUGCAUGUGGAAACUCGGUUGCUUCCUUUGCUAUGGCAGUUCGUUUCCUCACUGGACCUGCUGUCAUGGCUGUCGCUUCAAUAGUGGUGGGGCUCAGGGGAGUUCUGUUGCACAUAGCUAUUGUACAGGCUGCUCUGCCUCAAGGGAUUGUCCCUUUUGUGUUUGCUAAGGAAUACAACGUUCAUCCAGACAUCCUUAGCACCGGGGUUAUAUUUGGGAUGCUAAUCGCUCUUCCUAUCACGCUAGUUUACUACAUUUUGCUUGGGCUUUGAAGGAAGGAAAGGAGUAAUUGGAGUGGAUUACAGUGCUACCCUUUUGUUAUAUUUAUAGGUUAAUUUUUUUUGGCAUCCUCUAACAAUGUAGAAGUUAGUGAGAGGGGGGGAGUGACGUUGUAAUCUGCAGAGACAGAAAGAAUGGUGAAUGGUGGUGGUGUGGUGGAGAGAGUCGGAAGAGAAGGUGAUAUGAUGAUAUAUUUUAGGGCUAUAGGUAGGUGGGUGGGUAGUAGGAAACUUUUGUUUUGGCGGUUUUAGCCUUUUUACUGUGAACCCCACUCUCUUAUAUUUUGGUUGGUUUAAUGAAAAAGAGAAAGUGAAGAUUGUUGGUAGUUGUCGACACCUUUCUCUUUCUUUUCACAAGUACUUUUUUUCUAGGCCAAAAGGAGGAUCGGGAAUCUCGAUCUCUAUCU